AUGUGCAUCGCACUGAUCUCAACUGCCCACCCGUCCUAUUCAUUAAUUAUUAUCGAUAACAGAGAUGAGUUCCUCCGACGACCAACUUCCUCGCCAGAUUGGUGGCCGGAGCCCUUUUCGUAUGUCCUCGGCUCACGCGACAUGGCCAGAUCCACGCAUGGCACCUGGAUGGGGGUCACCAAACAGGGCAAAUUAGCUGUACUCACCAACUACCGUGAAGACAAAACCAGCGAGGCUAUUGGGACGUAUAGCCGUGGCCGGAUUGUCAACAGCUGGCUGACUGGUGCCCCGGACGAGCAACAGUCCACCCAGAGCUUCGUGCAGGCGAUGGUCGCCAGCCCGGAAGCCAAGCAAGUGGGCGGCUUCAGUUUAUUGUGUGGACGGAUCAAUGAACCGCUGGCCAUUAUCUCAAACCGCUCCUCGGACAUGGACCAUAUCACCUGGGUGGCCACGGAAAAGAACCAGACUCGCGGACUCAGCAAUACCAACGUGGAUGAUCGGACAUGGCCCAAGAUCCUGGACGGAGAGAUAUUAAUGCAAACGGCGAUCAAGAAGCACAUCCAAGAGGGAGAGGACGAGGAUGGUUUGGUGGAACGUCUCCUCCAGGUACUUAAUACAGACACUUUGCCGCGGCUGUCUGGAGCAGAGGUCACGGUUCAUGAUUACAUCACAGAACUACGGAAGAGCAUUUUUAUCCCAUGGAUCAACCCUGAUGGUGAUGCCGCUCAAGCUGCGGAGACUAUUGCCGCUGCCCAGAUUGAGGACGAGGCGAUGAAACCGCAGACGAAUGGGGCUCUGGAACAGAGCUAUAUCUCUGGACCAUAUGGAACUCAGAAGCAGACCAUUCUCCUGGCGCGGCCCGAUGGUCGGGUGCGAUACUUUGAGCGAACCCUUUACGGUGACUAUGGGAAACCGGUGCCUCUCGGACAGGGCGAUCGGUCCUUUGAGUUCAACAUUGAACAAUAA